AUGAGUUCUCAGCAUAUGUGGCUACAGUUUGCUGAUCGCCUGGUGAAUAUGUUGUCCCCGGUUCUUCUUGCCCUAGCGCUCAGGAUGGUUGGCUUGAGUGGUGAGGGCACUUGGUUCAUGCUGCAAGGAAUUAGUAUUUCCUCUAUCACCAUCACCACAGUUGUAAUGCUAUGGGUGAUCGUCUGGAAAAUGGUCCCCCAAGCUAUCUUCUUUGUGGCCCUCGCAUCUAUUUUAAUCCGUAUCAUCAUGGAAUAUAAGAACUAUAUGAUCAUCGUGCUUCCGUUGCUGGAUUUUAUGAUGCACAUCUUGAGCCAACUAAAGAUGGACAAGGAGGAACGUAAUUUGCUGGAUUUUAUAAUGCACAUCUGGAGCCAACUAAAGAUGGACAGGGGGAAACGUACUGAAAAGUCACGAGUUGAUGGUGGGAGGCAGUUAAGUAUGAUGAGCCGGCAAACGAUGGACCAAGAAGAACAUAUUGAUAAGUCCCGAGUUGAUGAGCAGCAGUUAAUUACCAGCAUGACAAGCCGGCAAAUGAUGGACAAAAGGGAGCAGAUUGAAAGCUCGCGAGUACAUGAAACCAGCAUGACAACUCAGCAAACAAUGAACCAAGAGGACCAGGCUGAAAGCUCGCGACUUGAUGACCAAAAGAUAGACAAAGGGGAAAUCACUCGAGUUGAUGAGCAGCCAUUAACCAGCAAGACGAGCAACGAAAUCCAAAUUAUGGAACAAGAGGAACAGAUUGAAAUCACACGAGUUGGCGAACAGCAGUGCGUGUUAACAAGACAGCAAACAACGGACCAACAAGAACAGAUUGAAAGCUCGCGAAUUGAUGAGCAGCAUUUAACCAGCACGAAGAGCCAGGAAAGGAUGGACCAAGGGGUUAAAUUGUUUGGGGUUCAUAAGCUCGGGUUAGCGGCGAUCCUACUAUAUUUGCAGGUGGUUCCAGGAUUACCGAGGACUUCUCAUCAGCAUGGAGCCCUUGUUCGGGCGGGCAAGUUCGUCGUUAGCCUGCUAACACUGUGCUCUCAAAUGCAGAGUUCAGUGUGGAGCCACAGCCGAUUUGCUGGAACCGAGAACUAUAUCAUCAGUGCUUCUGUGGUGAUCACAGCUUAUGGAAUGUUGCUUCUGAUUAACAUGAGUUAUAUUAAAAUUAUUAUCGUACCCAUUGCCAUCCUUAUUUUCAUCGCGGCAUUGUGGAAUAAGUUGAGGUUGAAAAGUGGACUGAAAAUGGACACUGGUUACUAUGUCAAAGAUGAUGUUAGUAAGAGAGUUGAAGAGCUGCUAGUUCUUACUGCACUACCAUACUGUGCCCUGUACUUCGAGGCGAUUUUUCCCACCAACACUUUGGCUCUAUCCCAGUUCCUGUGGUUCUUGAGUUCGUCUCUCGGUGCAGUGGCAAUCAUGAUAGCGUUGUUGCCUGUGGCAACGAGUCCUGGUGGAGCUCAAGUUCUGCAUAUUUUUUACAGGACCUGCAUUACUGUGCUGACGAUAACUGUGCAUACCGAAGCUGCUGAAUGGGCGAGGGAAGAUACGGCGUUGGUUUUUACGCCACAGCUUGUUACAGUGCUCGUAUGGUUCACGAUUCCCUUCCGGCUCGGUGUGGCUGACUCUGAUUUGAGCAUUCACUCAGGGAUAUUACGUAAGAGCAUCGUGGCUGUAAUUUUUGUGGUGUUGGGAUACACAACCUCUCCCGCUUAUCAAUACAAAGGGAGAACCAGAGCCUUACGCGCAUGCAGCAUUUCAGGAUGUCUGACCUACUUCAGCAUGUGCAUGCUACGACAGUGGCCAGGGAGCAAGCCAGUUUCUCAAGUGCCUGUCAAGCUGCUCGAGUUUUUUGCGAAAAAUUGCUUGAUCGCGGCGGCUGUACUGGCUGUGAUGUCGGCUACGCAUGGUGAUUUCAUAAAUUACAUACUUGUUGAUACUGGCCGUGCUAUUUUGUUAAGCGUAUACCUAUUUCUGUUCUUACUGCUCGGCCCCGCGGAGAAUAAGAGACGGUUUCUGAGGUAUCUUGACCCCAUUGUUGCUGCUGGCAGACGCUUUAUCCAUCUCAGUCAGAGACUGCACUCAACCUUAAUUUAUUUAAACCGGAGGCUAAAACAGUGUGCGCAAUGGUUGGGAGAGACACUGCCUGAUCCAAGCAGUGGGAAAUUUAAAACACAAUGA